UUGUAGGUGGGAAUGAGAUCCCGGAACCAAGGUAGUGAAAGUUCAUCCAACGGGCAUGUCUCCUGCCCCAAAUCCUCUAUCAUCAGCAGUGCUGAUGAUAAAAGUCUGUCAGAAGAUCCGAAAAAGAAGAACAAAUCAAAUAGGAAGGAGGAUGAUGUCACAGCCUCAGGAACUGUCAAACGACACCUAAAACCAUCUGGAGAAAGUGAACGAAAGAGUAAGAAGUCUCUGGAGUUAUCUAAAGAAGACCUCAUCCAACUACUCAGUAUAAUGGAGGGGGAGUUGCAGGCCAGGGAAGAUGUGAUCCACAUGCUGAAGACAGAGAAAACGAAACCUGAGGUUCUGGAGGCUCAUUACGGGUCUGCGGAGCCAGAGAAAGUGCUGCGGGUCCUGCACAGAGAUGCCAUCCUUGCCCAGGAGAAGUCCAUAGGAGAAGAUGUCUACGAGAAACCAAUUUCAGAGCUGGACAGACUUGAGGAAAAACAGAAAGAAACCUACCGGCGCAUGCUAGAGCAGCUGCUGCUGGCAGAGAAGUGUCACAGGCGCACCGUGUACGAGUUAGAGAACGAGAAGCAUAAACACACUGACUACAUGAACAAGAGUGACGACUUCACCAACCUGCUGGAGCAGGAGCGGGAGAGGUUGAAAAAGCUCCUUGAACAAGAAAAGGCUUACCAAGCCCGCAAAGAAAAGGAAAAUGCUAAACGGCUCAAUAAACUAAGAGAUGAACUUGUCAAACUCAAGUCCUUUGCACUCAUGCUGGUGGAUGAAAGACAAAUGCAUAUUGAGCAACUUGGUCUGCAAAGCCAGAAGGUACAGGAUCUUACUCAGAAACUGAGGGAAGAAGAAGAAAAGCUGAAAGCAAUUACUUCCAAAUCCAAAGAAGACAGGCAGAAAUUGCUCAAGUUAGAAGUGGACUUUGAACACAAGGCUUCAAGGUUCUCUCAGGAGCAUGAAGAGAUGAAUGCUAAAUUGGCUAAUCAAGAGUCUCACAACAGGCAACUUAGACUCAAGCUGGUUGGCUUAAGUCAAAGAAUUGAGGAGCUAGAAGAAACCAACAAAAAUCUUCAAAAGGCAGAGGAAGAACUUCAGGAAUUAAGAGAUAAAAUUGCCAAAGGGGAAUGUGGAAACUCCAGCCUCAUGGCAGAAGUGGAAAAUCUCCGAAAGCGUGUGCUGGAAAUGGAAGGUAAAGAUGAGGAGAUCACUAAAACCGAAUCCCAAUGUAGGGAAUUGAGGAAGAAGCUGCAAGAGGAAGAACACCAUAGUAAGGAGCUCAAACUUGAAGUCGAAAAGUUACAGAAGAGAAUGUCUGAACUGGAGAAAUUGGAAGAAGCAUUUAGCAAGAGUAAAUCUGAUUGUACCCAGCUACAUUUAAAUCUGGAGAAAGAAAAGAACUUAACCAAAGACCUGCUAAAUGAAUUGGAGGUGGUUAAGAGUCGAGUUAAAGAACUCGAAUGUUCUGAAAGUAGAUUGGAAAAAGCUGAAUUAAGCCUAAGAGAUGAUCUGACAAAGUUGAAGUCAUUUACUGUGAUGCUGGUUGAUGAAAGGAAGAAUAUGAUGGAAAAAAUAAAGCAAGAAGAAAGGAAAGUGGAUGGUCUCAAUAAAAAUUUUAAGGUGGAGCAGGGAAAGGUUAUGGAUGUAACUGAAAAACUAAUUGAAGAAAGUAAGAAGCUUUUAAAACUGAAAUCUGAAAUGGAGGAAAAGGUAUACAAUUUGACAAAAGAGAGAGACGAGUUAAUAGGGAAACUGAAGAGUGAAGAAGAAAAAUCUUCUGAAUUAAGCUGCAAUGUUGACUUAUUAAAGAAGAAACUUGAUGGUAGAGAGGAAGUAGAAAGAGAAAUUACAAGGGGAAGAUCUCGAAAAGGACCUGAACUCACCUGCCCAGAAGAUAACAAGAUUAAAGAACUAACACUUGAAAUUGAGAGACUGAAGAAACGUCUCCAACAGUUGGAGGUGGUCGAAGGGGAUUUGAUGAAGACAGAGGAUGAGUAUGAUCAGCUGGAGCAGAAAUUUAGAACUGAGCAGGAUAAGGCUAACUUCCUCUCUCAACAACUAGAGGAGAUAAAGCACCAAAUUGCCAAGAAUAAAGCAAUAGAGAAGGGUGAGGCUGUGAGCCAGGAAGCUGAGCUAAGACACAGAUUUCGAUUGGAAGAAGCUAAAAGUCGAGACUUAAAAGCAGAAGUCCAAGCUCUUAAAGAGAAGAUUCAUGAGCUAAUGAAUAAAGAAGAUCAGCUUUCUCAGCUCCAGGUGGAUUAUUCUGUCCUUCAACAAAGAUUUAUGGAAGAAGAGAAUAAGAACAAAAACAUGGGGCAGGAGGUCCUCAAUUUGACCAAAGAGUUGGAGCUUUCUAAGCGGUAUAGCAGAGCUCUCAGACCCAGUGUGAAUGGAAGAAGAAUGGUAGAUGUUCCUGUAACAUCAACAGGAGUACAGACUGAUGUGGUUAGCAGUGAAGCAGCAGAGGAGGAAACUCCUGCUGUGUUCAUACGGAAAUCCUUUCAAGAGGAAAAUCACAUCAUGAGUAAUCUUCGACAGGUGGGAUUGAAAAAACCUAUGGAGCGAUCCUCUGUUCUAGACAGAUAUCCUCCAGCAGCAAAUGAGCUCACUAUGAGAAAGUCUUGGAUUCCAUGGAUGAGAAAAAGGGAAAACGGGCCCUCAAUCACUCAGGAGAAAGGGCCUCGAGCAAAUUCCACUCCAGGGCACCCAGGAGAGCUAGUCCUUUCACCAAAGCAGGGUCAGCCCCUGCACAUUCGAGUGACUCCAGACCAUGAGAACAGUACUGCCACUUUGGAGAUAACGAGCCCAACAUCUGAAGAAUUUUUUUCUAGCACCACUGUCAUUCCUACCUUAGGGAAUCAAAAACCAAGGAUAACCAUUAUUCCAUCACCAAAUGUAAUGUCUCAAAAAUCGAAAAGUGGAGAUACUACUCUUGGUACAGAACGAGCCAUGUCGCCAGUCACAAUUACUACAUUUUCCAGAGAGAAGACCCCAGAAAGUGGAAGAGGUGCGUUUGUGGACAGGCCCACAUCCCCCAUUCAGAUAAUGACAGUGUCUACAUCAGCAGCACCAGCUGAGAUAGCAGUCUCUCCUGAAUCCCAGGAAAUGCUCAUGGGAAGGACUGUCCUCAAAGUCACUCCAGAAAAACAAACUGUUUCAACGCCAGUAAGGAAGUACAACGCCAAUGCCAAUAUCAUAACCACGGAAGACAAUAAAAUUCACAUUCACUUAGGUUCUCAGUUUAAACGAUCUCCUGGGACUUCAGCUGAAGGAGCAAGUCCAGUUAUUACUGUCCGACCAGUCAAUGUGACAGCUGAAAAAGAAGUUUCCACUGGCACUGUCCUUCGUUCUCCCAGGAACCAUCUUUCAUCACGACCUGGUGCGAGCAAAGUGACAAGCACUAUCACCAUAACACCGGUCACAACUUCAUCCACUCGAGGAACCCAGUCAGUGUCAGGACAAGACGGGUCAUCCCAGCGGCCUACGCCCACCCGCAUUCCUAUGUCAAAAGAAAGCAUCAUUAUUCACCAGUUACGUAUGAACUCCAGAUGAAAUGGUAACCAAGCACAUACUGGGUGUGUGUACUUCCUCUGGAUCCCUAUGAAUGGAGAGUAUUCCUACAGCCCUCCAUCAUCACUAAGGUCCUCCAUGCUACUGAUCACUACUGGAAAUAAUUUACUACUUCCAGUGAAUUUUUUUUUUGAGGGUAUAAUGUAAAAGUUUAAAAUGGCCUUGCUGAUAUGAAGAUAGAUAGCAAGAGCAAUUCAAUCUUUGCGCCAAAAGAAUUUUCUCUUCCUUUUGCAGAGCUUUCAGGUCCAUGGGCACAUGCUAUGUAAUUUAUUUUGAUAAUACACUUUGUAAUGUGAUUUUUUUUCCCUAAAAUGUUUCCAUUUUCAGUCUGUGGCACAUAUAUCUGUAGAAUCCACUGUCAGUUCCUCAAAGUGUUGAUUUUUUUUUUUUUUUUGCACUCAAAAUGGUAACAUGUAAUUGUUUUCAUUUAUCAAUUUGUUAUUUCUGAUGGAAAGAAAGUACAACAUUCUCUUUUUCCUGGGGUAAAUUCAAAAGGUAAAAUUUAGAAGCAGGAAAUUCUGGAAGAAAUUGUAUUAUUGUUUGUAUAAUACUAUGGUUCUGAUGAUGGUUCAAUACUAACAAAUACUCUACUUAAGAGCUUAAUUUUAAAACCAAAUUGUGAAGCUGCUAUUUCGGGUUUUCUGUCGCCAAAAUCCUGGAUGAAUUGAUUUUCACAUGGAACAAAUUUAUAAAAGGAGAUGUGUGAGUUUAACCCAUAACGGUUGCAGGAACAGUUUCAGCCUGACAGCUUGGUUAUGUGUCUAUUUGCAUUAUUUACUUCUAAGUACACGGGUAAUAAGGACGGUGAUGUCAAGAUUUUCUCACAACUUACCCACAUGAAUAUAAAAACUGAUCUAGAUAAUGUCAGCAUUAAAAAAAAAUCGCCAGUGGCAUCCUAAGAUAGAUGCAUUUUUUCUUCUUGAUAGUUGAUGAUUUUGACAGAUCUUUAAAACCACAUAUACCAGGAUGUUAGAGAAUAUAUUCUUUAAAGAUUAAAAAACAACAAGAUAUAUUACUCAAAUAUCAACGUAAGAGCUUCUUUAAAUUUAGGUUUAUGUAAAAAUGUGCAUCUGAAGCCUACUUGAAACCCUAGUAAUAUAGUUCUUUUUUUUUUUUGUCUUUGUUAAUGUGGACUGUUUUCAAUAAACUCUUUAAAGAUAACACCAAGACAAAUUAACAGUUGACAUAUCAGUUUCUGAAUGCAGAAAUCAUGUAACUUUACAGAGAUUAAAUAAAGAAUGCUUUUGAGUGUCACAAGGAAAACUAAAAGCCACACAAGAAAUACUAAUGGCCUAUAAUCUCCAGUCUGCAGGCUACACCUGUGUCCACAGAGGGGUGUCCACACUGAAUCUCUGGAAUAGAAAAAUUAAUGUUGGAUUUCCUCCCUAUGUACCCUGGGAAGGUUUUCAAGUAUACUUUGUGAAAUUGGUAAAUCAUAUUCAGUAUGUAUUAUAAAUUAAAUGAAUAUGUUUAAUGUUAAAAUUAUUUUGAAUUUUCGUAAGUAAAAGAAAUGCUAGAAUAGUCUUGUCCUAGCUUGAAUGAUUGUGAAAGCAUCACAUAACCUGCAGGGCUUUUGAUUACUUAUUAAGAAUUAACUAGAGUGUGUAUGUGUUGAGAUUUUUUCAAUUAUUGUUACUGGGUUUUGUUUUCCAAAAGUGCCGAGCUGUAAUGGCAUUUUCAAUUGUAAAAGGGCUUUAUUUAGUAUUGUUGUAUUUUUUGACUCACGGUUAAGUUCCUUAUUUGCCAAAGUUUAUACCUCUGAUGGAAAAAUAUUCUGAAAUAUAACAUUUGCAGCAAAUAACCUUUUUCUCAACUUGUGGGAAUAUUAUUUCACGAAUAGUGAAAAGUACAAGAUUUUAAAUACUUCUUGACUUUGAAUUUAACAUUACAAGUAAUUUAUGUAUAUUUGGAUCUGAAGUUGUUUUUCUCCUAAACUUUAAUGAAAUUUGAUACUUGCAAUGAAGAAACGGUAAGAAUGACGGUGCAAUCGGAGUCAUCUGAUGCUGAGCCUUUUUUUGCCCAAGCUAUGUUUAAGUACUCUGUUUAAACCCAAAUGGGAUCUGAGUGACAGAUGACUAAAAGUAAUUGGAUUAAUUUUAAAAUAAAACAAUAGAAUAUGCAAAAUUAACAGAAAACAGAAAAACUGAAGUUAGCUCCGUAUCUAAUGAAUAAGCAAACAAGUUCAUAAGUAGGCAUAUCCCAACAUCCACAUUUAAUUGAAGAAAUUGACCCACAUGCAAUCUUGGUACCAUCCUAGGCUCACAUAAUUUCUACAUCAUUUUAUUGUAAAUAUAUAUCCAAUCAUCAGUCUGAAUGAGAAUCAUUUUUUUAAUGGAAUAAUUGGAAAUGUUUCCUGAAACUUUAUAUUUUUUAAAAUAUAAUCAUAAUCAGUGUUUCCAGCUCAAGGCGCCACAAUUGAACUAAUCCAUAUUUUCCUUGUUUCUUUUUUAUGAGGGUGCUUUUUGAGGGUAUCUUCUGCAGACUUUAAAACACAAAACAACUAGUUUAUGGUAUGGAAUAUCUAAUUUAAGCAUUAACAGAGAUACCAACACUACUGAAAUAAUUCACAGCUUCUAAAAGUUGGUGGCAGAGUAAGCUUCUAAAAGCUGGUGGCAAUGUAAGAUCUUUGUGUCCUUUCUCCUUAUGCUGUGCUUGGAUUUUCCUGAAUAUGAUUAAAAACAUGGCCAAAGUGCGACCUGCUCAUGAAUUUGAUGUGAAUCAAAUCUAAAAAUAACAACAGUGUAACACGGAAAUUUAAAAAAACCACAAAUGGCACCUGAAGCAUAUGUCUCCCUCUGUACCCCUAGAGCUAUGUUUUUGCUAAAAAUAGUAAUUAGAAAGUAAAGAGGAAAAACAAUAAAAAUUGUUGCAAUAAAUUUAUAAAAAUUGGGAGAGUUUGGUGGAAAUAACUUUGGCUUAGUGACCAUUAAUAUUUUAUUUUCUUAAAUUUUCAGCAUCUGCUCCAUAACUACAAGAUGUGAUGAUAACUGUGUUACUUAGGGAAAAUGCUGUAGAUUUAUAAAUUUAAACAAAAAUGUUAAAGAUGCCAUGACAUUUCUGGUGUUAUUUUUGGAUAUGUUAUUUUGGGAGUUUUACCCUACCAUUGGCAGAUUCUGCUCUUUUAAUAGUGCAGAUGAGUGUUUAUUUAAUUUAGAUUUAAAAAAAAAAAAAACAGGCCUUAGCUUCUUCAAUGUAAGAGGCAUACAGUGUGAUUAUAUAUUCUUAGAGUUUUUACAGGCUUAGUGGAUUUUAAAAAACAAAAAAGUAUAUUGAGUAAUUUUGGAAAGACUUUCUAUCUUCACAGCAUUCUUAAUUUUGUCUCAUUUGAGUUUUAUUAAUUACAUGAAAAGUUUAUUAUUUUCACUGAAGCCAACUGAAUUUACAGAUAUGUACUUGUCUUUUAUAUGUAAUACCCUGCUUUCAGUUCUUCACAGAUUAUCGAAAUUACUUAAUAAUCAAGACAUUCUCUGUGUUUCUUCCAAAGUCAACCAUGUUUAUUAAAAUCUCACCAGAGAGUGAGAAAAAGGACAAUUGUAAUAUAAAAGCAUUGUGCAAUAUUCUGUUUUUGAGUUGAAACACAAUCUUCAUAAAAUUAAAAUAAUUUAAAAUGAGUAGUCAACCUUUUUAUUUAAACUUGUUUGCUUUAAAAUUAUCAUUUUCUAUGGAUAUAAUAACUUUCACUGGGCAUAAGCAGAAGCAGUGCAGCAGCUUUGGAGGCAGCUGA